UUGGUUACAGACUACAGUUAAGGACAGGGGCUUUGGCACUUGGCAGAGGAAGAAAGAAAGAGCGAGAGAGAAGAGAGGAGAGAGAGAGAGAAAAAGGUCAGUGGUGCCGUGGUGAAUGUUCUUUCCAUGGCGACCCUUCCCUCCUUCGUCUCCUUCUCUUCUUCUCUUCCUCUACUUCCUCUGCGCCCUCCUCCUCUUAUCUUCUCCACCACCACCUCUAACCUCAACCCUAGAAGAUUCUCAGGCCUAGUUCUCGCUUCUUCCUCCGCUUCUCCUUUUGACGAUCUCAGCUCCAGAAGCAGCUCGCGCCCAAUUCAAUCCUCCAAAUCCAAGAAAUCAGUUCUCUCGAAUUUGAUACAAGAGAUAGAACCCUUGAACGUGAGCCUUAUUCAGAAAGAUGUUCCACCUACCACUGUGGAUGCCAUGAAAAGGACAAUUUCGGGCAUGUUGGGAUUACUUCCAUCUGAUCAAUUUCAAGUUCUUAUUGAGGCCUUAUGGGAACCUCUAUCUAAGUUGUUGGUUUCUUCAAUGAUGACUGGGUAUACCUUAAGGAAUGCUGAAUAUAGGCUUUGCCUAGAACAGAAUUUUGAUAUGUGUGACAAAAAACUUGAAAAACAAACACCAGAAAAUUCUGAGGUUGAUUUGCAAGGGAUGUUGCUUGAAAGUGCAAACAUAAUCAAAUUUCCUUCAAAAGAUGAGUUUUCAUCCAAAGAUGGAGAAGUUACUGAAGACUCAUUGGAGAAUAUUGAUAUUCAAGGUCUUGGUGAAGUGUCUCCUGAGGCUCUACAAUACAUUCUUCAUGUGCAGGCUCAUUUAUCUUCUGUCAAAAAGGAACUCCAUGAUGUCAAGAGAAAAAGUGCUGCUCUUCAAAUGCAACAGUUUGUUGGAGAAGAAAAGAAUGAUUUGCUGGACUAUUUGAGAUCACUACAGCCAGAAAAGGUAGCUGAGUUAUCAGAACCAACAUCACCUGAACUGAAAGAAAUAAUUCACUCUGUUAUCCACGGUCUGCUUGCAACCCUUUCACCGAAGAUGCAUUCUAAGGCACCUCCUUUAUCUGAUAAUGCCUCAACUGGAGUAUUAAAUGUUGGGAGUGAAGAUUGUGCUGAGCUUGUUGAGAACACUUCACUUCAGUUUCAGCCACUUAUUUCAUUAACGCGGGACUACCUAGCACGUCUCCUCUUCUGGUGCAUGCUUCUAGGACACUACCUCAAAGGUCUUGAGUAUCGGAUGGAGCUGACAGAACUUUUGUCCCUGACUAACGAUGCUGAAAGUGAUACCCUUGAUGGCAACCAAAUUGCAUAAAUGCUUGUCUCCCUUCUGUCUAUUUGUAUAUAGAUGUGUUGAUUAGUGCAUACAAAAUAUGUUCUUUUCAAUAUGAUACCAGAGCCUCAAAGUGAGGCAUAAUCGUAUAAGUGUAGCAAAAUACACUUGUGUAUGGAAUUUUCAUUUGAAUUCAAAAUUGUAUUAUAUAGUUCUUAGUUCAAUCCAUACAAGAGAAGGGAAGUACGGGUUAGUCUUGGUCUGAUACCAGUGAUAGAACCUAUCAUUCUACCAAACUCAAAAUAUCUUAACUUAGUCAAUGAAAGCCUAUGUUAUUUGA